GUUUCCAUUACGAAUCCAACAAUGAGACGGACAAGCGGGAGUUUGAGAAGGCCGUGGAGACCAUCGCCGUGUCCUUCAGCAGCACCGUGUCCGAGUUCCUCAUGGGGGAGGUGGACAGCAGCACCAUCCUCUCCAUCCCACUCAGUGACCAGUACCAGUCCAUGGAGAGCCUCUACGGGGGGAUUCCUGGGCCUGGAGGGGUCGGCAUGCCCUCGGGCAUGGGGAGCUAUGACACAGGCCGCCCUGUGGCCGAGGAAGCGGACGUGACGCUGCAGCGCUGCGAGGGAGGGGUAGAUGUUGCCCUCCAGUAUGCCAAAAACAUCUCCAAGUACAUGAAGGACCUCAUUGGGUACCUGGAGAAAAGGACCACGCUGGAGAUGGAGUUUGCCAAAGGGCUUCAGAAGAUGGCAAACAGCUGCAAGCAAACCAUCAGUCAGGAGACCAACAUGCCUUUCCUGUCCAUCUACCUGCUGGCCCUGGAGCAGGAUAUGGAGCAUGGGACCUCAGUUCUGCAGGCUGCCACCACCCUUCAGAACCAAACCUUCCUCCAGCCACUCACAGUGAGACGCCUUGAGCAUGAGAAACGGAGGAAGGAGAUCAAGGAGCAGUGGCACCGGGCGCAGAGGAAGCUGCAAGAGGCCGAGGUGAACCUGCGCAAGGCCAAGCAGGUUUACAUGCAGCGCAGCGAGGAGCACGACAAGGCCAAGUACAUGGCUGUGAAAGCAGAAGAGGAGCAGCAGAGCACCACCAGCAGCACCACCACCAAAACCCUGGACAAGAAGAGACGCCUGGAAGAGGAAGCCAAGAACAAGGCAGAAGAGGCGAUGGCCACGUACCGGACCUGCGUGGCAGAUGCCAAUACCCAGAAGCAGGAGAUGGAGGAUACCAAAGUGAACUCCUUGCGGCAGAUCCAUGAAGUGAUCAAACAGAGUGACCAGGUCAUCAAGACGGCCACAAUCUCCUUCUACCAGAUCAUGCACAUGCAGACGGCUCCGCUGCCCGUCAACUUCCAGACGCUGUGUGAGAGCAGCAAGCUGUACGACCCGGGGCAGCAGUACGCCUCCCACGUCAGGCAGCUGCAGCGCGGCGACGAGCCCGACACCCAGUACGACUUCGAGCCCUACGUGUCCCACAACGUCUGGUCCCCCUUCACUCGCACACGGAAGGGCAGCUUCAACGCCAGCGACUUCUCGACGGGCGCCGGCUCCGAGCCCAAGGACGGGGGUGUCCCGGAGGGAGCCAGGGAGCAGCAGAGUGGGGCAGGGGAGAGGAGAGCUGGCAGGGGACACCAGGUCCACAAAUCCUGGCCAACCUCCAUUACUGAAGGUGGCAGCAGCCUGGACUCAAGUGCAGGUGAAUUCAGCCACAAGCUCCAGCAGCUGUCUUCCAAUGGCACCACAUCCUCCAGUGAAGAGCUGGAGGAGAAGGACGAGGCCACCAGCCCCUUCGAGCAGAGCAUCAACGGGAUCAGCCCAGAGAUGGCAGCUCCCACAGGGCCCUUCCGAAACGUGGGCUUAUCCAAGGCUGCCCAGACUCACCGGCUGAGGAAGCUCCGAGCCCCUUCCAAGUGCCGGGAGUGCAACAGCUACGUCUACUUCCAGGGAGCAGAAUGCGAGGAGUGCUACCUGGCCUGCCACAAGAAGUGCCUGGAAACCUUGGCCAUCCAGUGCGGGCACAAGAAACUCCAAGGGAAGCUGCAGCUUUUUGGGCAAGACUUCACAAAGGCUUCUCAGAGCAGCUCGGACGGCAUCCCCUUCAUCAUGAAGAAGUGCGUCGCCGAGAUUGAGAAGCGGGCGCUGAGAACCAAGGGCAUCUACCGGGUUAACGGUGUCAAGACCCGCGUGGAGAAGCUCUGCCAGGCAUUUGAGAAUGGGAAGGAGCUGGUGGAGCUGUCCCAGGCCUCCCCUCACGACAUCAGCAACGUCUUGAAGCUCUACCUGAGACAGCUGCCCGAGCCCAUCAUGCCCUUCCGCAUGUACAACGAGCUGAUGGGGCUGGCCAAGGAGAGCCUGCAGGGCGGCGAGGCCAAGGGCAGGAGCGGGAAGGGCGGCCCCGAGCUGGUGGACAAAGGAGCCGACACCGACCCCGUGGUGGUGAACCUGGUGCUGAAGCUGAAGGAGCUGCUGAAGGAGCUUCCCCGGGAGAACAUGGCCACGCUGCAGUACCUCCUGCAGCACCUGAGGAGGAUCGUGGAAGUGGAACAGGACAACAAGAUGACCUCAAGCAACCUGGGCAUCGUCUUCGGGCCGACGCUGAUGCGCCCGAGGCCCACGGACGCCACCAUUUCCCUGUCCUCCCUGGUGGAUUAUCCCCACCAAGCUCGCAUCAUUGAGGCACUCAUCAUCUUCUACUCGACCAUCUUUGAGAACAAGGAGAACGUGGUGCUGGCUGACCCCAGCAAGGAGGAGGGAGCCAGCUCUGACCUG